CUCUCUCUCUCUCUCUCUCUCUCAAGAAAAACAAAGAAAAACAAAGAAAAACAAAAGAAAAAGAAAUGGUUUUGGCAGAAGUCACAGUGUAUGUCUUGGCCUUGCAAGCCAUUGCUCUGCUCCACCAUCCAUGCCGGGCUUCAGGAGACUUUCUAUCUCCAUUACUUUCUCCAGUCCUAAAUGGGCUGUGCAACGCCGUGUAUUGUGGAAAGGGAUCUUGUAAGGUGUCUGAGAACAGCAGUUUUGGGUUCUCGUGUCAGUGCAACCCGGGUUGGACUCAGUUCCAUAUUGAAGACCACUUGAGUUUCCUCCCUUGCCUUAUACCCAACUGUAGCAUAAAUUACUCCUGCUCAAAAGUUUCUGCUCCUCCUGCACCUGCACCAUUUCCAGCUCCUCCACACAACUUCACCCUCUUCGAUCCCUGCGCGUGGAGUUUUUGUGGUGGUGGAGAAUGUGUUCGGAGCUCAACGUUUGAGCACAGUUGUGAGUGCAAGAAAGGCUACAGUAACCUUCUCAAUGUCUCCAGCUUCCCCUGUUACAAGGAUUGUUCCAUUGGUGCAGACUGUUCGAACCUUGGGAUCGGUCUAUCAAAUUCUUCAUCGGCGCCGUCUUCGCAGCCAAGUCUUUCUGAUAAUGGAGAUUCAUCUGCAGGCGAUUAUCAUGCCAUGAAUAUCCUGCAAUGGUUAGUCGUGUUCAUGACCUCUCUUGCAAUGAUGUGAACAUUUUCGUUCGGCAGAAUAUGUUGAAAACGAAUUAGGAGAGUUUAGAUAAACACGUAUUGACAGUUUUCUACUUUCUCAUUGUUCAUUCUAUAAUCAUGACUACUGUUUAGGUGUAACCAGAUUAUAAUAUUCUUUGUUAGAAUUACUUGAACG